AUGACUGGUAGAACUUUAAUUGCGUUAUUUGAUACUGGAGCAUCACACUCAUUUAUAGCAUUUGAGAAGUCUAGUGAGUUAAGAUUGAAGAUAGUUAUGUUGGCCUAUGAUUUAAAAGGGCAUAAUGCUACCUCUGAAGCUAUUGUGGCUAGAUUAGGUUGUCCACAAUUAUCAAAGAAUCGUAUAUUGCUUGACUGUCCUGAAAUGUCAUUGUAUUUUAUGCUGGAAGGGUCAGAAGGACCGGUUAUGGCGAAGUGUUAUUAUCUGAAUUCCAUUGUGGUAAACUGCAUCGGAUGUGAAUGUCAGGGUGUUAUGCUGUUACCUGCAAAUGUGUCAGGCGAGGAGCAAAGUUUAAAUAAGAUUCUAGUUGUGAAUGAAUUUCCAAAAGUAUUCCUUGAAGACAUAAUUGAAUUUUCUCCCUCUCGAGAAAUCAAAUUUCCGAUUGAGCUGGUUGCUAGAGUAGGACCGAUUUCAAUUGCGCCUUAUGGUGCGGGAAUUCGAAUUUCCCACAACUUAACCGUCAAGUGCACCGAGUCAUCCAAGUAA